AUGGUAAAGUCUUAUGAUAGAUAUGAAUUCGAAGAUUGUUUUGGGAUUGUAAAUUCCCGAAGUUCGAAUUGUAUUUUUUUUAAUACCAACCAUAUAUUAACUGGCCAUGAUGAAGAAGUAAGUUUGUGGAAUAUUCAAGAAAAAGAAAUAAAAAAAAAAAUGACAAUCCCAUUUGUACCUCCAUAUUAUUUUUUUACAUAUCAUGUAACAUAUAUGUGUUUAAGUGAAAAAAAUAAAAAUAUUUUGGCAGUUGGAUAUAUGAAUGGAUCAAUUAGAUUAUUUGAUAUUUUUCAAAAUAAAAUAUUAUCAACUUUUAGUGGACAUACAUCAGCUAUUUGUAAAUUAAAAUUUAACAAGGGGAACUAUUUAUGUUCAUGUAGUAAAGAUACAAAUAUAAUAUUAUGGGAUAUAGUCAAUGAUAAAGGUAUGUAUAAAUUAGAAGGACAUACUAAUGCUGUCAAUGAUAUUGAAUUUUUAGAAAUAGAAAAUAGUGAUGUAGAUAAUUUUAUAAAUAAUAAUUUAUUAGUUAGUGCAUCUAAAGAUGGAUUAAUUAAGUUAUGGGAUUUAAAUAUACAAAUGUGUGUUCAAACUAUUGUUGAUUGUGAAGAUGAAAUUAACUGUUUAGUAGUUAACGAAACUAAUACUCGAUUAAUAGUAGCAUGUAAUAAUACAUUAAGAAUAUAUAAAAUUGAUUUAUUUUCAAAUAUAAAAGAUAAAUUCACUAAUUCAAAAAUAUAUAUUAGUUUUUUAUCUGUAAUUAAAAGAUCAAAUAAUUGUAAAAUAGUAAAUAUGAAAAUAUGUUUAUUAGUUGAAGAUAACCGUGGUCAAAAACCUGAAGAUAUACAGCUUCUUAUGUCUCAAAAUGAAGAAUCGAUAGAUGAUUUGAUAAAUAACGAACAAACUAAUGGUAAUAACGAAAAUUCAAAAGAUAUAGAACAAGAAAAAAAAAUUAACAUUCUAAAUAAUUCGCUAGACAAUACAAAUAGGAUUUGCAACAGAACUAGCUAUUCUAUAAAUGGGGAUAAUAAUGGUAUUCUUAUUUGUUGUUCUAAUUUAAAAAAAAUAGAAAUAUAUAAAAUAAAUUCAAUACAAAAUCAAAAAAAAUCGGAAAAAAAAAAAAAAAAAAGAUAUAUAGCAAAAUUAAAAAAAAAAAAAAAUGAUAUUAUUAACGAGCAAACAAAGAUAUUAAAAUUCAAAGGAAAAACAAGUAUAGAUUAUAUUAAUAUAACUCAAAAGUUAAACCAAAUUGAAUAUGAAUUAUCUAUUCAUAAUAAAUAUGAUAUCCAUACUGUAAAAGAUGAAAUUAAAUAUGUCUUUCAUUAUACUUGUAAAUAUAAAUUGCAAAAUAUAGAUAUAUAUAAAAAGAGGAAAACAGAUACAUGUGCUUAUCUUUUGGUGUCAUAUACAACUAAUAGUUUGAAUGUAUUUCAAAUUAACCUCUUUGACAUUUUAAAUAAUCAAGAUAUGUUUAUUCUGAAGAAGGAUGAAAGUCAACAAGGCAUCAAUUCCCUAUCAAUGGCCAACCAAACUGGCGAGGAAAAAGAGGAUGAAAAUGAUGAGGAAAAAGAGGAUGAAAAUGAUGAGGAAAAAGAGGAUGAAAAUGAUGAGGAAAAAGAGGAUGAAAAUGAUGAAGAUGAAAAUGAUGACGAUGAAAAUGAUGAAGAUGAAAAUGGUGAGAAAAAUGAGUUAACAGAAAAAAUAGUGGAAAAAGUAAUAUAUGACUAUUCUAAGUGUCUUAAAGAAAUAUGCCAAAUUAACAAUGGGCAUAGCAAUUCUGUUGAUUUUAUUAAUUUAUCAGAAAACAAUGAAUAUUUAAUUUCGAUAUGUAAAAAGUGUGUGAAAAUAUGGAAUUUAAAAAACUAUCAAAAUAUAAUAACACUAAAAUUAGAAGGAUGCACAAGCGCUAUUUUUUGUGAGCAAGAUGAAUAUAUAAUAAUAAGCAAUGAUGUUGGUGAAAUAAUGCUAUAUGAGUUGAAAAAUAUAGAAUUAAAAUAUAUUUUCAAAGUUCAUGCUAAUAAAAUUAUUACUUUAUGUCAAAAUCCAAAACAAAAAAUGAAUUUUUUAUCUGUAGGUAUGGAAAAUUAUCUAAAGAUUUUUCGUCUCAUUAAUGAAAAUACUUCUAAUAAUAUUGAAGGGAAAGAAAAUGACAAAAGUUAUUUAUAUAAUGAAAAACCAUUUAUGAAUAAUAAAGAUGAAGAUAGUAGUAGUGAUGACGAAAAAGAAAAAAUAAAUUCGAAUAAAAAUACAAUUAGAUUUAAAGAAAUCGAUUACUAUAAUUUAACAGAUAAAGUAAGUUGUGCUAUGUAUUCACCAAAUGGUCAAUAUAUAUGUAUAGGGUAUUUAAAUAAUUUAAUUGAAGUAUUAUAUAGCGAUACUUUGAAAUUACAUUUAACUUUAUAUGGACAUAGUUUACCAAUAACAUGCAUGGAUAUAUCUAAAGAUAACAAAAUAUUAGCUUCAAGUUCUUCAGAUAAAUUUUUAUUUAUUUGGAAUUUAGAAUAUGGUAGUAUAAAUAAAAGAUUACAUAUUAAUUGUGAUGUACUAACUAAAAUAAAAUUUUUUAAUGAGACAAACAAUUUGAUAAGUAUAUCAUCUGAUGGAUAUAUAAAAAUGUGGGACGCUAUUAAAUUUCAAUGUAUAUGUACAAUUGAUGGUAGAUUCGGCAACCUCACUUCUUUAAUUAUCAAUUUAGAUGAUAACUUUUUUAUUACUUCGGGUAGCCAUAAAAGUAUACGAUGUUGGAAAAGAGGAGAUGAUUUAAUAUUUUUAGAAGAAGAAAAAGAAAAAGAAUUAAAUUUAGAAAUAGAAAAAGAAGCUACUAGAAAUGAUUUAUCAUAUCCAUCUUCUAUCGAAAAAAAUGUUAUAUUAAACAAAGCAACAAUAAAAACAAUUGAAGUUAUAAAAUCAAGUGAAAAAUUAAUCGAAUAUUUAGAUAUUGUAGAAGAAGAAAUAACAUUGUUAGAAACAUAUUAUAAAAAUUUAACAGAAUAUCAAGAAGCCAAAAUAAAAAAUGAAUUACCUAAUUUUGUAGAACCUCCAAAUAAACCUAAUUCAAGACCUGAAUUAUUAAAUCAAAAUCCAUAUGAAUUUAUUGUUAAAUUAAUGUGUAAUAUUAAAAAUAAUAUUUUAAAUGAAAUAUUAAUUUCUUUGCCAUUUGCUUAUGCAUAUAAAUUAUUAAUUUAUAUGAAAACAUAUUUAAUGUCAUUUUAUUUUUUUCAAAAAAUUCAAGAAAAUUAUAAUAAAUAUUUGGUAUGUGGAAGUUUUAAUUUCCAUGUAGAAUAUGUUAUUAAUAUUAUUUUGUCAAUUAUAAAUAUUUACAGAAAUCAGUUUUUAUUUGACACAAAUUUCCGAUUUCUUUUAUAUGAAUUACACCAAUUAAUUAUUCCAAAUCUUAAAAAAAACGCAGAUAUAUGUACAUUUAAUCAAACAACUUUGAAUUUUUUAUCCAACGCAAUUGAUGAUGAUGAAAUAAAUGAUGAAUUGAACUUUGACCUUAACAGCAAGCAAAAAGAAGAUAAAUUCAAACAUCAUAAAAUCGAGAAACAAACUCAAUGA